AAACUAUUAAAAUUGUUUCUUUUUUCGUGUAAAAGAGAAAGAAAAAUUUAGGGGACGCCCAGGUUCAGCGGCCAGCGCCAUUUAAAUAUCGAUCACUUCGAUUAAUCGAUCAUCAGCGUGAAGUUGGCUGCUACAAUUAAAAUCGAACUCCAACAAAGCUUGCAGCAGCAGCGUGCGUGUAACCGAUCAUUUGUUUUGUUUAUUUCUAUUAUUGUUUAUACUGAUUAUUGAAAAAGUGUGCUUCAUUGUUAAUUUUUAAAACAAAUUCCAUAAUCAUAUGCAGAUAGAAAAAAUGAACGAGCAAUAUAGUGACGACAGCGAUUGUUUCAUCAUUGACGAUGAAAAAGAGCCAAAAGUUGAUUCCCUUUUAAUAAAAAAGGGACCAAAUGGAAAUUAUUCGGUCGAAAGGAACAAAGAGAAUAAGAAAUGUUUACCAGUUAAAGAAUUAAUUAAGCCUUCAAACCAAACAAAGUUCUAUACGGUGCCAGUUUUUAAAAAUCAAAUGUUUCGUGAAGAAGUAACAAAAAACUGUCAAAAAUGUAUUGUCGAAAAUUCACGUUUCCCUUCUAAUAGUUCUCUGCAAAAGAUAAGUGUUCCUAAUUUAAAAAUUUCCAACAAGGUUGUUAAUCAAGACCCAAUUGUUGACAGUACAAAUAAUGAUUUAGAACAUUGCCCAACAAAUCUAUUGGAAAGUGAUAUUGAAGAUGAGGGAAAUAUUUAUACACAGAAAAGCAUGUCUCUUUGUGAUUCUGGAAUAAGUAGAUUCAAUUCUGGUAUUUCUUCGACAAACAAUCAUUUCAAUUUUCAAAGCAGUGAAUUAAAAACAGCAGAAAUCUCUAUUGACAGUGGAAUUAAUUCGCCAACUUUAAAUCCAAUCACUUUGUCACGUUCACCUGACGGAAAAUAUUGCAUCAAAAAAGACUGUUUCUUCGGUGAAAAAUCGUCAAAUCUCUCUGAAUUUGAAUUAUUGACGAGGAACUCAAGUUUGGAGAAAAGAAUUAAAUAUUCUGAUAUGCAACUAGAGGAACCAGUUUUGGAAAAAAUUUUCAGCCCCAUAAUCGAAUUUUCAAAUUCACAAGCAACGACAGUAUCAAUCGACUACGACAUAACGGAAGAAGAUGAGGAAGACUUUUAUGAGGGAAAAAAGGAGGAAGAUCUUGUGGAUGAGGAUGGAAGUUUGCGUGUAAUCAAUAAAAGUGAUUCAAACGUUUGUGUCAUUGGAUCCAAUUAAAAAGUUAAUAAUUACUUUAUAAUUAUUACAAUUUGAUAAUGAAUGCUCACUUUUAAAAAAUGUUUGUAAAAAAUGUAUUAAUAUUUGUUUUAAAAAAAAUGCAAUCUUCUACUGAGUAAAUAAGAAAUCUCGGUAAAUAAAUAUAAAGAAUAUGUAAUUGAAGAAGUAAAUUUUGUAAUUCUCAAAAAUUUUAUUUUCUGUAAAAUAGAGUUUUUUUAUAUAGAAAACACAUUCGACAAAAAGAAUGCACAUAAGUAAUGUCCACUUAUAUCUAAUAAUAUAUUCAUAAAUAAAAUACAAUUAAAAAGCGAUUACAGAUUAAUUUAUUUUAACUGUAGGUAGAUAUAAAACUAUUCACUUGUAAUUAUUGUUCAAAAGUUAAUUUAAAAAUAUUUAUUUUUGUUAAAUCUAUAUAUCUUUAAUCGCUUUAAGAAAAUUAAGUACAAAGAUACAGCUUAAUUUUUUUGUUCAAAUGAUGUUAUAAAAAAAAUACGAAAUUAUAAAUAG